GGACUGUGGUAAGAAGGUGUGUGUGCCUAAAGAGAUCAUGCUGGAAGAGUUGAGCCUGUCGUCCAAUCGCGGCUCUCGACUCUUCAAGCUGCGGCAGCAGAGGGCUGAGAAAUACACAUUCGACGCCAUCCAGCAGGAAAAACAGAAUGGUCUGAGUGUUCCUCUUCCUCCUGUUCCGGCAUCUGGUAACCAUGGAGACGAGACUUCAGCUGAACACGACAACACUGAAGCAGGUGAUGCUGCUGAUGCUGUAGAGAGUGAGGCUCCACCUGAGCGCGUUGCCAUGCCAAUCAUCCCAUCGCCUUGGCAACAGGCUCUUGGUCUUGACCCCGCCCACUCACACACACUCCUGUCUGAACUGCAGCCACAGCCCCAGCUACCCAGCUACAAGAGCUUCAACAGGGUGGCAUUGCCCUUCAGUGGUUUUGGGGGCGUGGCUCCUCGGCUGCAGUACGACGAGGCCCCUCCCACUGACGCCAUCAUCACGGAUGACAUUGACGCAGCGGACCAAUCAGAGAGCCUGCUGAGUCUCCGCCCCUCCUUCAACCGCACGGCCCUCGGCUGGGUCUCCCACGGCAACCACGGAACCCUGCCCACCGUCGCCUUGGAGAUCUUGGAUCCAGAGAUGCCCCGCCCCCUCCCGGACGCCUGCGAGAUGAUGUACCCUCCAGAGUCGGAGGAGCUCUAACUGGCCACCGCAGAGGCUGAGUGUGAGAGACAGAGAGCGUGUAUGUGUGUGUG